AUGAAGUCGUUAUUUGUGAUUUUUAUUUGUGCCAGCAUACAGCAACAAUUGUGGGCUCAACUACCUGGCCAACCGGGAGGACCAGGUGGACCCGGUGGACCUGGCGGACCUGGUGGCCCAGGAGGACCUGGUGGGCCAGCACAACCACCUGGUUUACCCGGAGGACCUGGAGGACCUGGUGGCCCUGGAGGACCUGGAGGGCCAACAUCCACUCAAGCACCUGGUUUACCCGGAGGACCUGGAGGACCUGGUGGCCCUGGAGGACCUGGAGGACCUGGAGGGCCAACAUCUACUCAAACACCUGUUGUACCCGGAGGACCUGGAGGGCCAACAUCUACUCAAGCACCUGCCAAUUCGGAGAUGGUCGAUCCGACUUUCAAAUGA